AUGCCCAUUCCAGGUGGGUAUGCCCUCGUCCUCGACCCCAUCAUAGUCACUACAAAGCGCACCUGCAAGUUCUCCCGAGUCCUCAUCAACGGUGGCAGCAACAUUAACAUCCUCUACCGUGACACAAUGACCAAGCUCGACAUUGAGGCCAAGAAGCUGGAGUCGACCUGGACGGUGUUCCACGGCAUCGUGCUGGGCCUCUCCUGCUCCCCCAUUGGCCGGAUCUGGCUCGACAUCAUGUUCCACACCCACGAUCAUUUCUGGCGCGAGCCCAUCUGGUUCGAGGUGGUGGACCUGUCUAGCCCUUACCACGCACUACAGGGUCGGCCUGCACUCACCAAUUUCAUGGCGGUUCCACACUACACCUACCUAAAGAUGAAGAUGCCAGGUCCCAAGGGUCACAGCACUGUUGCUGGCGACUACAAGAAGUCUCUGCAAUGCGCCCAAGACGACGCCAAAUUAGUCGAGUCCCUGGUCAUAGCCGAGGAGCGGCGCCAGAUCAAUCGGAUUGUGGUGCUGGCAGGCAAGCAGUCGGUCGUGCCGGCUCUGGCCAAGGAGUCGGCCGGCGAGGCCUCGUUCCAGCUAUCAAAAAACACAAAGAAGGUCAAGCUCAACCCGUCCUACCCAAGCUGCAGCAAGUACGUUGUUGUGGGCACCCGCCUCAGCAACAAAUAG